AUGAGGGACGACGUGUCGAGGCACGGCAUGCCCCGCCUGGCGUCGCGCUCGCGCCGAACGAGCGUGGAGGAUGAACCGGCCGCCACGCCCACCGCAGUGCGGGCCGCCGCGCGCGCGGCGCUGAAGGAGGAGGAGACUCGCCCAGCCGCGGUUGAAGCGCCGCCCCGCCAGCCUCCCAAGCUCAAGCCGAGGCCGCCGCCCUCUUCCGCGUCGCGAGGCUCCAGUCCCGCCGAGUCCAAGACGUUCCUCACAGCGCUGGUGCCCGCACGCCGGCGGUCCAGACGUCAGAGCGAGAUGCUGCGGCCGCCGUCCCCGCUGGAGUCAAUGGAGCCGUCGAGCGACUACACGGAAGGCGGCGCGUCGUCGGAGCCGCCCGUGCCGGCCAACUACAUGGGGGCGGAGGCCAUGCAGCAGUUCUGGGGCAUCUUCCACCGACAAGAAACUGUUCACAACAACAAGGUCGUGCCCCCGACAACGGCAGCCGACUCUUCUCGGCUGAGCAACGAGGUUGGCGGCCGACCCAGAUCUGCGCGCAGGACGUACCUGGCGGCGGUGCGCAGCCUUCACCUAUGCCCAGAGCCACUGGGCAUCGUUCGGCGUCGCGUCGUGGACAAGGCGGCGUCCUACGCCAGCGGAAGCACCGCGCAAGAGGUGAAUCUGAGCAGUUAUCGGAUGGGCAACGACUACGCCGGGGCCUUUGGCGAGGGGUUUUCGCUGCUGCCAGGCGUUGAGAGUCUCAACCUCUCGCACAACCGGAUUGGGGACGUCGUUGCUGCUAGACUGAUCACCGCAGCGGCAGCCGCGGCCAGUGGACAGGGCACAUCGGGACUUCAACAGCUGAAUCUGUCGCACAAUGCGUUAGCUGCGGCGUCCUCACGCGCGCUGUCGGAGUUGAUGCGGCGCUCCCGGACGCUGACGUCGCUCAAUCUGUCGCACACAGGCCUGCGCGACCGCGAGGUGCAGCAGCUCUGUGACUCGCUCACUUCCAACCAGACUGUGGUGCGUCUGCACCUGUCCGAGAACCGCUUCAGUACCCCGGGUAUGCUCGCCAUUGCGCGAUUUCUGGAGGAAAACGCUCGCAUUGAGGAGCUGUACCUGGCUUGGAACCAACUGCGCGGUGUCGGGGCUCUGAAAAUCGUUGAAGCGCUCAAGUUCCAUGCAUCGCUGCGCGUGUGCGACUUGUCGUGGAAUGCACUCGGCUCGUCGGGGCCUAGUUCGGCUUCCGGGAACGGCGGAGCAACUGGAACAUCCGGGACGGUCUUGAAGCCUCGAGCCGUGGUGACAGCUCUAUCCGAUUCACUGGCAAACAACAAGGUGUUAGCUCAUUUGGACUUGUCUAGCAACCGCCUAGACUUCGAAGACUGCACUCUAUUGGCGAAGCAGCUUGAAAGCAACCAGACGCUUAUCGGGCUGCACAUGAGCGGGAACUGCGCGGUUAUGGACUCGCGCGGGUUCCUCACCCCCAAAAUCCAGUCUCACGAUGAAGACGGUGGUGGGUCAAGGAGACUGCGCGACCAGCACAAGCUCUAUUCCAUUGCAGUCUUCGAAGAAGUGCACAGUGACGCGGGAUCAGGCGUAUUCCCGCCGCACCUCGUGCCCGUUGUGGACGCAUCCUGCUGGUAUUGCGGACUCUGGUCGGAGCAUCGCUUCACAUGGACCCCCGCAGCGGCUCAGGGCCCUUUCGCCGGUACCACCGACAGGUUUGAGAUCACUCCGUCCAUGGAGGUUCGGUUGCACCUGUCUGUUGAUGACUGGAGAGGUGUGUCCAUGGAGCGACGGGAAAACGAAGGCGAGGGGAUAUCGUUCAGCUCUCUGAGGGUAAUCCCGCCUGGGGCCACCAACUAUUUCUUUACAGUCGUUGACACCAACGCCGACCCGGCGAGUACGUCGAACGUAAGCUUCCACCACGUAAGCUCGCGACCCAGCCGCCCCGUGCAUCGCCAGCGCCGCCUCGUAUCAGGCAGGUCCGCCAGCAGCGACGUGUUCGGUAACCUCGAGCGCUUGAAUGUGAUUCGCCAAACGCAACGUGGAGGACGAGACCCGUGCAACACGCUGGUGCCGCGCAGCUCGGGCAAGAGCAGCGAAAGGCGAGGCAAAUGGGAUAUCAACAAGAGCGUGUUUGCACGACGCAAGCGCGAGUCCGAGUGCCGCAACUUUGUCGACACGGACGGGUUCAUCGCGAAAGCGUGUGCCGCGGAUUGGCGGCAGUGCAAGAUCGACCGGUUCGUGAAGGAUCCGAUCCGGCGGCGCGAGGUGGAACUCAGUGUUACGCGCUGGUAUCGCACAGUAUGCAAUGCCUACCGACGCUAUUGCGGCCACAAUGUCCUGAUGAACCUGGCGCCGUUGGGAUCGCUCACGCCAGCAGCUGCGGUGCAGCUCCAGAAUGACAUAACGUGCGUGCCGUGGUCAGGUUACACCGAGUUUAUUUCAGAAGCCCGUAUCCUGGACGAGCAGUCUGAGUACUGCUCGCUGCCAGACCUGGAGAACGUGUUCGUGGCGGCUAAUCUCGAGCUCACGCAGGAGGCGAAGGAGAAAGAUAACCCAGACCGCAGCCUCACGCGGUUCGAGUUUCUCGAGUGCGUUAUCCGCAUCGCUAUGAACAAGUACUUCCGAACCAACGUGUGCGAUACGCCCGCCAAAGCUGUUGACAAGCUGAUGCAGGAAAAUAUCCUGCCCGUGACUCCAGAAGACGCAAACGAGUUCCGGUCUCGCUUCCUGUACACGGAAGAGGUCAGCGACGUCUUCACGGAGCACAUAACCCUGCUACAAGAGCUAUAUGACGCUCACAUGGGCAAGUAUUGCAAGCCUGGCGAGAAGAAGGGGAUGCACCUCGUCGAGUUUCUCGCCCUCUUAGAAAAAUAUCAAAUCUUUUCCGAUUCGUUCCGUGUGCGCGACGUCAAGGACCCGUUCCUAGCGUGCAAGCUGGUGGUGCUGGACGAGAUGACCACCAUGGGCCACAAGAAGCUCUAUCUCACCGAUUUCAUGGAGAUCAUGCUACGGGUAAGUGUCUUGCGAUACCCACCUCGAUCGCUCACGGUGGAGGAGGUUGUGCGCAGUCUGCAGAAGCUGCUGGUCAACCACUUCUACAAACACGACGCGCUGAUGGGCCAGUUCUGCGAAGCCAUUGACCAGGCGCUCGUGAAGGACCGUCUCGAGGCGUUUGCCAACGCAAUCAACUCGCAGCGAAGUCACUCUCAGGUGGCCGCAGCGCCGCCGCCUCGGAAUUGUAGUGGCGGAGGACGUUCUGCAGGCCCUGUGCAGCGUGCAACUAUUGCAGAAGAGCGUGCCACAGACACGGAGGAGGACAGUGAACCGGAAGACGGUGGCGAUAAAUUUGAAAGUGGCGGCAUUGGAGAAGCAUCACAAGCUGGUGAGACGGUUGCUGAAGCGAAUGGUGAUAGCCCCGCAAGCGAUGGAAGUGCAGAUUUGGACAGCUAA